AUGUCCAAAGAAAUGGCUCAGGAAGUUGUAAGCCAAGAAUCUUCAAAUAAUGUAGGAGAGGUUUCAUCAGAAAAUAAGGGAAUUGAUAAAGUUCCAAUGGCAAAAGUUACUUCCAUAGGAAAUGUAGAUCUUGAUAAAUGGAUUGAAAAAGUAGAAGAAUGUAAAUAUUUAAUUGAGGAAGAUAUGAAAUCUUUAUGUAAUCUUGUUGUAACACGUCUAGAACGCCUUCCAAAUAUAUUAACAUUAUCAUCACCAGCAACAAUAUGUGGUGAUAUACAUGGACAAUUUUAUGACUUAAUUAGAUUAUUUGAGACAGGUGGACAUGUAAAAGAUGAGAAAUAUAUUUUUUUGGGAGAUUAUGUUGAUAGAGGAUAUUAUUCACUAGAAACAUUAACAUUGCUUUUAUUAUACUUUGCAAGAUAUCCUGAUAAUAUUAUUCUUUUACGAGGUAAUCAUGAAUCAUCAAGAAUUUCUCAACAAUAUGGAUUUUAUGAUGAAUGUCAAAGAAAGUAUGGAAAUUCUUAUGUAUGGAGACAUUGUGUUGAUGUUUUUAAUCUUCUUCCAAUUGGAGCAUUAAUUGAAGAUGAUAUAUUUUGUAUUCAUGGUGGUUUGUCACCAGAAGUUCAGUAUAUUGAUCAAUUACUUACAAUUAAUCGUAAUGAGGAUGUUCCAAUGAAUGGACCAUUAUGUGAUUUAUUAUGGUCAGAUCCGGAGGAAGAUUUACAUAAUGAUUAUAGUUUUAGUCCUCGUGGUGCAGGAUGGUUAUUUGGUGAAAAAGUUGUAGAUAGAUUUUGUUUUAACAAUGAUGUCACAUUAAUAUGCAGAUCUCAUCAACUGGUGAAUGAAGGUUUCAAAUUAUAUUUUAAUGAUCAAUUAUGUACGGUGUGGUCAGCUCCAAAUUAUUGUUAUAGAUGUGGAAAUAAAGCAAGUAUUUUACAAGUAAAUACAACUAAUGAUUUAGAUGUUAUGUACUUUGACGCUGUUGAAAAUGAACUUAGAGUUGUUCCUGAAAAAUUUGUAGCUCCUUAUUUUUUGUAA